AUGCCUACAUAGCAUUGUGGGACUACACGCGCGCCACACUUACGGAGUUACUCGCGUGCGUGUCCUCGGGAAUUCACCUGGUUGACGUCACGCAGUCGCCUUGUGCUCCGCGCGCUGCGUCGACCCGCAGCGCACAAAACCUGGCAGACAAACAGAGGGAGCCUCUAGUAACAGCAGCGGGCUUGAACACUUCCUUAAAACCAUUCAAGCUUUUUGAAGUCGAGUCUCCGGGAAAAUAAUAAUAAAAAAAAACAAACUUGAGAAGAACAAGAAACUUACAGUCAGGCUAACGAGGAGGCUUUGGUGAGUGGUCACCAUGGCACCCUUCCUGCGUAUCACCCUCAAUAAUUAUGAUAUGAGUGCCCUGCCUCCUUUUUCUGAUCCUCCCAUCUGUGCCAUCAGGAUGAAAGAGUCUAUCGACACAGAGAGGGGGAAGACCCUGGUUCAGAGGAAGCCCACAAUGUUUCCCCCUUGGAAGUCCUGUUUUGAUGCUCAUAUCAAGGAGGGGCGUGUCCUAGAGGUGGUUCUGAUGCAGAGUACUGAGGAGCCAUUGGCCAAGGCCACAGUGGGCGUGUCUGUGCUGGCGGAACGCUGUAGGAAGUCCAGAGCCAACGGACGUGCUGAUUUCUGGGUCGACCUUCAGCCUUCUGGGAAGAUUCAGAUGACUGUGCAGUUUUUUGUGGAGGAUGGUGAUUCAGUGCCGGCCAGGCAGUCAGUGAUGUCUAUUCCUGAAGAUGGAACCAUGACCCUGAACAGGAGGAGAGGCGCGUUCAAGCAGCCCAAGGUUCAUGUAAUCAAGAAUCAUGAAUUCACCGCCACCUUCUUCCACCAGCCCACCUUCUGCUCCGUCUGCAGAGAGUUUCUCUGGGGGCUCAACAAGCAAGGAUACAAAUGCAGACACUGCAACGCCGCAAUCCACAAGAAAUGCAGCGAAAAAAUCAUCGGCAAGUGCACUCGAACAGCAACCAACAGUCGUGAGACUAUGUUCCAGAAAGAACGUUUCAACAUUGACAUGCCUCAUCGCUUUAAAAGUUACAACUACAAGAGCCCCACUUUCUGUGACCAUUGUGGCAGUCUGCUGUGGGGUCUCAUUAAGCAGGGCCUUAAAUGUGAAGACUGUGGCAUGAACGUACACAGUUACUGUACAAACAAAGUGGCCAAUCUUUGUGGAAUCAACCAGAAGCUACUAGCAGAGGCGCUGUCUCAAGUCUCCCAGAAAUCUAUAAAGAAGUCUGACGACACCGCCGGAGCAGAUACUGGCAUCUACCAAGAUGUCCGAAAUGCAACAGCAGACUCUAGUGGUGACAAUGGGAAGAGCCCUAGCCCUGCCCCAACCUCAGCUACGGGUCCCCAGGUACGCCUCUCCCUCAACCAGCUACUGUUCCACAAGGUUCUGGGGAAAGGCAGCUUUGGCAAGGUGAUGCUUGCAGAGCUGAAGGGGCAGGGUGUGUACUUUGCCGUGAAGGUCCUGAAGAAGGAUGUUGUUCUCAUGGAUGAUGAUGUGGAGUGCACCAUGGUGGAGAAAAGAGUCCUGGCCCUCGCCUGGCAAAACCCUUUUCUCACUCACCUCUGCGCCACAUUCCAGUCAAAAGAGCACCUCUUCUUUGUAAUGGAGUACUUGAAUGGAGGUGACUUGAUGUUUCACAUUCAAGACAAAGGCCGUUUUGAUAUCAACAGAGCUACAUUCUAUGCUGCUGAGAUUGUAGUGGGACUGCAGUUCCUCCACUCAAAGGGAAUUAUCUACAGAGACCUGAAGCUGGACAAUGUGAUGCUGGACAAGGAUGGACACAUAAAGAUAGCAGACUUUGGCAUGUGCAAGGAGAAUGUCUUUGGAGAUGUCAAAGCGAGCACAUUCUGUGGGACACCAGACUAUAUCGCACCAGAGAUCCUGUGUGGACAGAAGUACACAUUCUCAGUGGAUUGGUGGUCUUUUGGUGUCCUGGUGUACGAGAUGCUUAUCGGUCAGUCGCCUUUCCAAGGUGACGACGAGGAUGAGCUGUUUGAAUCCAUCAGGUCAGACGUCCCUCACUACCCUCGGUGGAUCUCCAAGGAGUCCAAGAGCCUGCUUGAACUGUUGUUUGAGCGAGAUCCCACUCGCAGACUGGGUGUUGUGGGGGACGUCCGAGCACACUCUUUCUUCAGAACCAUUAACUGGGUAACACUGGAGAAGAGACAAGUGGAGCCCCCUUUCAAGCCUAAAGUGAAAUCCCCCAAUGACUGCAGCAACUUUGAUCGUGAGUUCCUGAAUGAGAAGCCGCGUCUCUCCCAUGCUGACAAAAACCUCAUUGACUCCAUGGACCAAACAGCUUUCAGUGGCUUUUCCUUCAUCAACCCCAAGCUGGAACCCAUGAUAACCAAAUAAGAAAGCAGAACAGCAUCCUCGGAUGGCUCAUCACUCCAACAAGCUUCUUUCCCAACUCCCUUUGUCUUCAUGUGGUGAAGGGCCUGAGCUUGACAAUUACUUUUUUUUUUUUUUUUCCCAGUUCCCUAACAGAGGGUGAGAUAAAAGGAAACUAAGAUGUUGCUGGCACCUAAAAGUAUAAUCACAUCUCUGCUACCAAAUUAUACAGGUGUGAAAUUAAGGGAGAUUGUUCAGCAACUGGUGUUACCAUUAUCACCCUUGGGGUGUGUGUAGUGAACAAUAUAUAAAGUCUUUUGGUAUUUUGCUUUCCUUUUUCCACAUGAUAACACUUUGAAUCUGUAUGAAUCAUUCAGUGUACUAUAUCAUAAAUUUUUACUCAUAGACAGAAAUGCAAAACCCUUGAUCAGCCAUAAAAAUAAAUACACCUAGCAUCGCUCUGCCGAGUUACACCCUGCCUGUGUGUGUGUGUUUGUGGCACAUGCAUAAGGGCCUGUGGGUGUGUGCAGGUAUAUUUGCAUGAAAAUGGUGCCUCUGUGGCCAGUAACAUUACUGUUGGUGUAUGAAUUCUCAGCUGGUCUGGGUAAAGGUGUAGUGAAUAUAACUCCAGCUGAAAUUAAGGUUUGUUGUUUUUUAAGAAUGUAGAAUGUAACUUUUUCCCCUCGCUGACUGGACAAGCAUUACCCACGUGUCACGUCCACUUAAAAAAAAAAAAAAAAAAAUGUCCACGAUACCCAAUUUUCUGGUGCUUUGUGCAACACUGGUGUUAAACCUCAUUCUUUACCUCAAACUCAAGCACAGUGCAAACAGUUGUUCCGUACAUAGCAUUUUUUUUUAAAAAAAGAAAAUUUUCCCCUGGGCUCACAAGAUUAAAUGGAAAGAGUUGCAGCAGUCAUUUGGUACUCUGCCUGUACAUGUGUAUGUGCUGAAGGAUGUGUUUUUAUAGGGGUGAGGAGCAUUUCACUGUAAGCACAGAUCCUUAAUAUGUCUUAUAUUACUUGAAUGUAGGAAUUUUAACAUGAAAAUAAUAUUGCUGUAUAUGGAAGAUUAAAAUGUAUGUUACUAUGAGCUUUCUGUAAGUUAUGGGUGGACUUAUUUUUUACUCUCCUCAUCUUUUACAUUUGAUU